AUGCAGUACGAAGCUUAUCAGUGGGGGCAGCCACACCCCGCAUCCACUGGCGACUCGAUAUUCCAAGAUGUCUCUACCGCCGCUUCACAACCCGUCAAACGACAUGCGGCGUGCGAUGAGUGCAGGAAGCGUAAACUUAAAUGUUCUGGCGAACCGUCAGGAUGCAAUCGUUGCACCAAACAGUCUCUCAAGUGUCACUACUCAGUGCAGAAGCAAAUGGGACGACCGCCCAAGAAGCGGCUUCGAGAAGACGAUGGCGACUUACCGUACAUAAAUGUGCCCGAUAAUGACCCUUGGGCCAACUUCAAAAACCCUCAUAUGCCCCCGACAGAUCUAGGAACGCCACUUCCAGACGUCACAGAGGACCCUCAGUUAUUCUCAUCAAUAUAUCCCGCACCAUACAGUUUUCCUUAUCGAUUAUCGACUGAUGAAGAGCACCGCCAUACAUGGCAACUAGCUCCUAGCGACACUAUGAGCUCAGUCCCUGCUACAACCUCUCCCUGGCCUGAUUUCUCUAGUGUCUCCGCAGCUGCCCCUAAACCGUUCACAAUGCCGCCAGGACUUACCCCUCCCAUAAUGCCGUCAAACUCAAACGCAUCGCCUGAUCAAGAAUGCUCUUGCCUCUCAUAUCUCUAUCUCUGCCUUAGCCACCUUUCUUCCCUCAAACCCUUUCCGAUAUCGCAACAUACGAUCUGCUCCCUGUAUAUUUCUGCUAGAACAGCCCAAUCCGUCAUUCGCUGCCAGUCCUGCCCAACAAAAUUCGACACAGGCCUACAGAACGUCAUGUUCACAGGUACUCUUCUUAACGUGAUCGCUGAUUCAUGGCUACGCGUUUCAAAAGCCGAAGCCUGUGAGUUGGGGAACCAAGUUGCUCCUCCGGCAUAUGCCGCAACAACGAACAAAACUUUAGAUGUGAGAGCUGCCUGGAACGAUUACCUCCGCCAACUAGUACGUUUCAGUGUUAUACGUGGGCCGAUGGACCCUGCCGCUCAAACCACUUGUGCCCAGCAGGCGCCGAGCGUACUUGAUUUAAUUGAAGAGAUGGAGGUCCGCCAACGACGAUGGCAUGAAUCUCCCAGCUCCCAUCCACUGCCUCCGGAACAGCGUCUUAAUCAGCCGUCCGACCAGGAUUGUCUCAAUCACAACGAGCAAGAUUUGCUUUGUAUUCGAGUCGCAAAGAGUGCGAGGAAUGUCAUUGCUAAAUUCGGAUUUCAGUCGGAUGAAUACCCGGAGAGUGUACCGUCUCUGAGCCCCGAUAGUAGCGUUUCGCCUUGA